AUGAAACUUGAAGAAGUUAUUGCAGAUAUCAAAAAUUGUUUAGGCUUAGUAAACAAGCCAUGGGCAAUCGAAUUUGAUGAAAGCUCACAAGAUUAUGUGUACAAAUGCGCUAUAAUUGGUGGAAGUGGAACACCAAUUUGGGGAUCAGUAUUUUAUUUUACAAUUCAGCUCGAUAGCUCAGAUAUAAAUCACUUACCAACAGUUACUUUUGCUCCAGGAUUAAAUCAUCCUUUAAUUGAUUCAUCAAAUGGAAUAUUCCAUCAACAACAAGAUAUUUGCAUAAACGCUUAUAGUACUUCAAUGGAAAAAUAUCUCGAUACAAUAUAUUCUUUGUUGAUUUUAGAUAUUCCUCUUACAAAUCCAUUUAAUUCAGAUGUUUACCAGUCUUAUCAGAAUAAUCCAUCUAAGUUUUGGAUGCUUCUACAUCAUCAAGCAAACACGGUACUGGAAAAUCCAACAAGUACUGAUUAA